UCAAUAACACACUCGUUAUAAAACCGCGUUCUUCUUCGUCGAGCAUCGUCGUCGUCAUCUAGGGUUUUUCUAAGAUUCUUCAAAGCGAUUCGAUUUCGUCUGCAAGUAUGAGGCCGGUGUUCGUCGGGAACUUCGAGUACGAGACUCGCCAAUCGGAGCUGGAACGGUUGUUCAGCAAGUACGGGAGAGUGGAGCGCGUUGACAUGAAGUCUGGUUAUGCUUUUGUGUAUUUUGAGGAUGAGCGUGAUGCUGAGGAUGCUAUCCGUGGGAUUGACAAUAUCCCUUUUGGCUAUGAGAAACGCAGGCUCUCUGUCGAAUGGGCUAAGGGUGAACGUGGGAAGCCUCAUGGAAAGGCAGCCUCGAACCAGAGGCCUACAAAGACACUAUUUGUCAUCAACUUCGACCCUAUCCACACCAAAGAGCGUGAUAUCGAGAGGCACUUUGAACCCUAUGCUAAAGUUCUCAACGUCCGCAUUAGGCGCAAUUUCGCAUUCGUUCAAUUUGCAACUCAGGAAGAUGCAACCAAGGCCCUUGAAUCUACACAAAACAGCAAGUUAAUGGACAGGGUUGUAUCCAUUGAGUAUGCUUUGAGGGAUGAUGAUGAAAGAGAUGAUAGAUACGCUGCUAGUCCGAGAAGGAGAUCCCCUAGUCCAGUGUACAGGAGGCGUCCCAGUCCUGAUUACGGCCGUCCUCGCAGUCCUGAGUAUGACAGGUACAAGGGUCCAGAUGCUUACGAAAGGCGUAGGAGCCCAGAUUAUGGCCGUCGCAGUCCGGAAUACGGUGGAGCUAGGAGCCCCGGUUAUGACAGAUACAGAAGCCGGUCUCCUGUAUACAGAGGAAGAGGUUGAAGAUGUUGGUUUACUGAAUGUGUCUCUACUAGUGGUUGUGUUUUCUACUUUAGUUGCUAUGCUCUACUAUAUGUGGUUGUAGUUUUUAGUAAUGACAUUAAUCUUUGUUAACAAUUUGAAGGUUGGAUUCUCUCUAAAUCAUUUGCCUAAAUAGAUUUUUAAUAUUCAGAAACA